AAUAUAAGGGAAAAGAUGAAAUAUUCGAAACACCCAGGACCCACGUGUUGGCGGUGGAAUAACCAGACAUUCUUCAAACCUGCGAGUACGUCUGAUCAAUGGAACCCAUUCCAGUUGGAAACCUUUCGGCAAAUCAAAGGAUCACUCUCAGUUUUGGAAACACACCACGGGACCUUUUUGACGGAGAUGGCGGGCAAGAUCUCGAAGGACGAGCUCGAAGAACUCCGAGAGGCCUUCGAGAAAGUUGAUCUCAACGGGAAUGGCUUUGUGUGUGACUAUGAGCUCCAGGAACUUUUCAAAGAGGCUAACCUUCCAAUGCCAGGCUAUAAAGUCCGGGAGAUCAUUCAGAAGCUGAUGACGGAAGGAGACAAAGACAAAGACGGCAAGAUCAGCUUCGACGAAUUCGUAUCCAUUUUCCAGGAGCUGAAGAGCAGUGACAUCGCUAAGAGCUUCAGGAAGGCAAUCAACAGGAAGGAGGGGAUCUUGGCCAUCGGAGGCACCUCGGAGCUGUCCAGCGAGGGCACACAGCACUCCUUCUCCGAGGAGGAGCGAUAUGCCUUUGUCAACUGGAUAAACAAGGCAUUGGAGAAUGAUCCAGAUUGCAAGCAUGUCCUUCCCAUGAACCCCAACACCAAUUCCAUGUUUAAAGCUGUUGGUGAUGGCAUUGUGUUGUGUAAAAUGGUCAACCUCUCUGUGGCAGACACGAUUGAUGAAAGAGCAAUCAACAAGAAGAAGCUGACACCAUUCACAAUUCAGGAGAAUCUGAACCUGGCCCUGAACUCUGCCUCUGCGAUUGGCUGCCAUGUGGUGAAUAUCGGAGCCCUGGACUUGCGUGAAGGAAAGCCUCACCUAGUGCUGGGCCUGCUAUGGCAGAUCAUCAAGAUUGGCCUAUUUGCAGACAUUGAGCUCAGCAGGAACGAAGCUCUGGUGGCCCUGCUCCGAGAUGGGGAAAGUCUGGAGGAUCUGCUCAAGCUGUCCCCUGAAGAGCUGCUCCUGAGAUGGGCCAACUACCACCUGGAGAGUGCAGGCUGGCACAAGAUUAACAACCUCAGCUCAGACAUCAAGGAUUCAAAGGCCUAUUUCCACCUCCUGAAUCAGAUUGCACCUAAAGGAACUAAAGAGGAUGAGGCUCGCAUUGACAUCAACAUGUCCGGCUUUAAUGAGAAGGAUGACCUGAAGAGGGCGGAGUUCCUGCUGCAGCAGGCGGACAGACUGGGCUGCAGACAGUUCGUCACCCCAGCCGAUGUGGUCAGUGGGAACCCGAAGCUAAACCUGGCAUUUGUUGCUAACCUGUUUAACAAGUACCCAGCCCUGACCAAGCCAGAGAACCAAGAUAUUGACUGGAAACUACUGGAAGGUGAGACCCGAGAGGAGAGGACCUUCCGCAACUGGAUGAACUCUCUUGGUGUAAAUCCACACGUCAACCACUUAUACAGUGACCUGCAGGAUGCCUUGGUUAUCCUCCAGCUCUAUGAAAAGAUCAAGGUUCCAGUUGACUGGAACAAAGUUAAUAAACCCCCAUACCCUAAACUUGGUGCCAAUAUGAAAAAGCUGGAAAACUGCAACUAUGCGGUUGAACUGGGUAAACGUCCUGCUAAAUUUUCCCUGGUGGGUAUUGGUGGACAGGACCUGAAUGAUGGCAAUGCAACAUUGACCCUGGCUUUGGUGUGGCAGCUAAUGAGGCGAUACACACUCAAUGUGCUGGAGGACCUAGGAGAAGAUGGGGCCAAAGUUAACGAUGACAUCAUUGUAAAGUGGGUCAACUCGACUCUCUCUGCGGCUGACAAGAAAACCAAGAUCCAAAGCUUUAAGGACAAAGAAAUUAGCACAAGUUUGGCUGUUGUUGACUUGAUUGAUGCCAUCCAGCCUGGUUGCAUUGACUAUGAUAUGGUGAAGACAGGGAAGCUUUCUGAUGAAGACAAGCAAGAAAAUGCCAAGUAUGCUGUGUCCAUGGCCCGGAAGAUCGGGGCCCGGGUGUACGCCCUGCCGGACGACCUCGUCGAGGUGAAGCCCAAGAUGGUGAUGACAGUCUUUGCUUGUUUGAUGGGAAGGGGGCUGAAGAAGGUGUAACAAAAACUAAACUGAACUAAACUGCCUCUCUCGACGCAAGCAAACAUCUGGCCCAUAAGCCAUUUGCUGGUUAAAAGGCUUUUGGUUUAGGGAUUAGUACAACCGUCAUUUAAAUAUUAAGGAUAUCUCAAAAGAGUGUAAUAGGGGAUGCUUGGGGUGGGGAAGGUUGUUGUGUAAAUCUGAAAAACAAAAAGGCUAACACUCUUUCCCCAAGUUAGUAUGGGUUGAUCGGCUAAGGUACACAUUGAAAUGAAUUCAUAUCACAAUAUACAAGAACCAGCAAGUGCUCAUAUGUAUCACAUAAAGCCAUGUAAGCAAACCUGUACAUUUUAUGAUUUGCAUGUUUGUUUAUCUGGGUUUAAGAUUUUGAUCAUUCAUUUCAGAAGACCAUACAUCUAUCUCAGUGGGAUACAGGGGUAUCGACAGGGCUGUAGUGUUGGUGUUACAAACUGCUUUGCUUUUUUAAACUUUUUUUUUUUUUCUCUGCUUUUUUUCUUUUGUUACUUAUAUACCAGUUUACCAAAAAAUUAUUCAUUCUAAAUAGUGGCUGUAGUACAUUCUACAGUUAUGAACGCAUUAUCUUGCGCAUAAGUGUGUGUACUUUAGACAUGCUUUUUACAAAACAAAAUACAAACUGCAUGAACGAUUUCUUCAUUUUUAUUAAAAUCAAUAUCCGCUGUGAAAAAGAAAUACUUUUAUGGGUGGGCGAGGAGAGGGAAUCCAAAGGUUUCAGGGGUUGGGUGUAUUAAGAAAAUGGCUGAAUUGUACCAUUUAGAAGUGUAAAGAAGUAUUGUCACGCAGGUUCAAAAACCCAAUAUUAUGGAGAGUGUUCUUGUUUGACUGGCUGUGUUCUGCUCUGUAACUGCUGGAUAAAACUGUACUCCAUUAACCAUAUCCAUUAUAAGGAAAACCUGUAACAAUGGCUGUUGGUUAACUGAAAUAAAAUCUUUUUACAGCAAACCACUUGAGUAUUUUC